GGCAGCGACGGAAAACAGACGGACUGAAGCUGAGGCUGAGGCUGAAGCGGAAAGAGCAAAAUAAAACCUGACCGCACAGGAGGAGAAAAAAGGAGGUCAGCUGUGGAUUUCUACAUUUAACUCGCACGGAGACGUCUUUCCUUAGCAUUACAGCGUUGUUUGAAAAUAGAGAUUCAAAAAUGGCCCAGGAGACCAACCAAAGCCCCGUGCCCAUGCUCUGCACCACUGGCUGUGGCUUCUAUGGCAACCCUAGGACCAAUGGCAUGUGCUCAGUUUGUUAUAAGGAGCACCUAACGAGACAGAACAAUGGAGGUCCUCUUAGUACCAUGGGUUCUAGCAGCGUAACCAGUAGUCCUACCUCAGAGGCCUCGGCAAUCCAGAUCAUCGAGGCCAGCCUAAACAAUUCUGCUAGUGAAGCUGAGUCAUCCAGUGGGGCUGCCGCAGCACUUCCUGUUACGCAGCAGAUGACGGAGAUGAGCAUUUCCUGCGAAGAGGAAGUUGCAUCGCCUAAAGUAGAAGUUCCUGAACCUGUUGUAACGCAGCCAACAGCAUCUGCUUCUUCAGCUAACACAGCGGUUAGCGAGCAAACUAAAACUCCAGAAGCCCCAAAACCUAAGAAAAACCGAUGCUUUAUGUGCCGCAAGAAAGUUGGCCUUACAGGGUUUGACUGCCGCUGUGGAAACCUCUUCUGUGGAAUUCACCGUUACUCAGACAAGCACAACUGUCCCUAUGAUUACAAAGCCGAGGCUGCAGCCAAGAUCCGCAAAGAAAAUCCUGUAGUGGUUGCCGACAAGAUCCAGAGAAUAUAGAGCCUCUCCUGUUCUCCUUGUCUUUGACCCUGAAUUCUGGGUGAGAUCACAUAAAAAGGACUCGCAACUUGACCUGCGAUAUAAAGGACUAGUUUUAAAUUGCGUUGUUGAUGGGAGGAAACUUGGUUUUUCAGCCAAUGCAUGAGUGAUAUUUUGUUUAUUUCAGCUUUUCCUUAUUUUCAGUCUGUGGUGUAUGAGCUUCGAUUUAAGAGGAAAAAAAGAACAAAAAGUAUAGUUAAAAUUGGGUUACAGACCCAGAGAUCUCUCAUCUCCUUGUGUCUGGUUCUAGGUGUCUUUAGGUGGGGGACUGAAUUUGACCUGAUCGUUGUGUUGAAAAGGCUGACUGUCUUUGUGAUUGUCAAAAAAGUUUACUUUGUGAUUGUGUCUCGGUCCAUCUGGUGUCGUGUGGCGGAGAAUGGACACAUUGUAGCCUAUGGGACUUCAGAUGACUGUUAUUGCCCUGACUCGAGCGCCAUCAGGGCAACAGUGCAUGGCUGGCUCAUGUAGCAAAAGAAGAAAAAAAACAAAACAAAAAAAUGGACGCUCUCUUCCUUUCCACGUAGGUUUCACCUUUUAAAGUGAGUCAUGGCAUGGCUCCCAACCCUUUAGCGUUAGCCUUUACAACAUUAGCUUGGUUUAUUUGCUUCAAGCAGAUGUCUUUGAAGUGAGGCUUUUUCCCCCUUGCUCAAGUGUCAAAUGAGGAGAAAAACUUCACUGAAUUUAUAAUUCAUGGACUUGUUCAACGCUUCCAUCUCAAACAGCCAGAUCAGUUUCAGAGCUGAUUAAAUUUUUUUUUUUUUUUGGGAACUCUGAAGAAUCAAAUGUGAAAUGGUAAGUAUUCAUAAUAUUUUCAGCAACCUGGUCUUUAAUAAGCCAGAUCAGGCUUGAAGGAUUCAACAUCGACCUUGGAGUACCUAAAAUACCAUUAGGAAAAACAAUAAUACUGGUGUAAAGGUGGCACUCCUUCCAGAAUGCAGACUGAAAUUGGGUUGUGGGCUGCUUUGGUCAGAAGAGGGGACUUCAGAAGGGUAUAUUGCAUGGCUAGUGAAAUACCUACUAAGUACAUUAGAGUUUUUGAAGUUGGCAACAUGCUGAUCGUCCUUUUUUAACCCGUAAUCCACUUCUGUAAUGAAUGUUGCUUUUUGUUUGUGAUUUGAUAUUUUUUUUUUGUGUGGAAUGAGUGUCACAUGCUAGUUUAUACACAGGUGAUGAAAGUUGUAUGGUGUUUCUAAUUGACCCACAGUGGUGUGGAAGGGAUGGAUGUGUUGUGUGACUGUGUGAAUACCCAUAUAGUCUAAUCAUAGGAUGCCUCCUUCUAGACUUUUCCCUCAGUCUUUUUGUUUUCUUGGUCUGGCCGUUACCAUUCUGUAGGGGUCUUUUUUCAGUUUACACAGUAAAAAUUACCGUCUUAUUUUCAAGUUUUAGUUAUGCAAGUUUGUACAAACCAUCUUUAUAUUUAUUAUAUGUAUUGCGCAUAUAAUCUCGUUACCCAACAUUACUGCGAAAUUGUAUCAUGUAAAUAAAAUUAUGUACAGAGAUAUAA